AUGAUUUUUCUCUGCAAUAUUCUUUGCACUCUCUCUCUUAGCUUCAAGUCUUCAACCACCUUCACCUUCUCUCUCUCCACGAUUUCCCUGCAUCAUUCACUAUCUUCACCUUUUGUUCUUCAACCUACCGCAAUAACAUUAGCAAUCUUCGCCGUUAACGCUGCAUCAGCGUCAACAGUAGCAACCGUAUCACUGAUCAACAAUAACACUUGGCUAAAUCCGCCGCUUGCAGCGAAGAACAACUACACAUCUCAGAUUUUUCAUCCUUCUCCAUCUUUCUCUUUGGAUUUUGCUUUUUCACACCCAACAACCUCGUACUUGCUGUCGGUGCAUCUCUUGGUUAGGAACGACUCAUACGAAAACCUUGAUUUGGACCUAAAUAAGGGGAUGAUCAGACGAGACAAAAUGCAGAAAUUUAUUGGGAAGAAUCGACUAUGA